UCUAUAUAUGUAUAUGUUACCGGCAGUAUGGAUAAUCCGGUGUUUUGUGAAAUGCCUAGGCAUUAUAUAAAAUGCCAAAAAUCACUCGGAAAUAUGCACAAUACGAACUUUGCCUAGGUAUUAUGUAUAAUGCCAGAAGUGAAAUAGGAAAUAUGAUCAAAAUAAACAAAAUUGGGUAUCGACUAUUACUAGAGCGCGGUUUUUUGCAAGGAUUGUUUUUUAUUUAUUUAAAAUUUACAAAUUAAUUAAUAAUAAAAAUCUAUUAUUUUCAAUCAAUCUAUUAUAAUUUAUAAAGAUAACUGACAAAAAUCCAAAAAUGUGAAAAGAAAAAAAUAUGCAAUUGCAUAGAAAUCUGCGCUUUACCUAUUCAGUAUUCACCAACGACUUUACUUAUCGUUUAUUGUAAAUGCGUGUGCCGGCCGCCGCGUGAUGAUUUGACACAAUAAAGAUAAGAAUCUUAAUCUUUAUUGCAUCAGAUUCAUACCCUACUAUAAAAAUAAUAAUUCUGACGAACUAUAUUGAACAUAUUUUUAUUAUUUUAUCGUCAUUUUCGUAUCUCGUCGCGGUGUGAACUAAAUUGAACAUUCUUACUUUUAUUAUUUUAUCGUCAUUCUCGUUUCUCGUAGCAGUGUGGCAUUAUUAUGGAUACGAUUAAUAUGAAGUCAAAUUUUUAUAACGAACUACAUAAAAACCGUAAAAAUUUGGCUAAUAAUACUAGUUUUUUGUCUGAUGAAAAAUAUAACGAAUUGAUAGAAAUUAUUGCAGAACUUAAAACUGGACGUAAGAAAAAAGAGCCUAAAGACUUCCGUUUAAUCAAAAGUGCAUAGAAAUCCGCGCCUUGAAGCCCUGUAUAUAAAGUAUGAUAUACUGGUUGUACAAGGAAAAACGAAACUUAUAUUCCCUGUAAAAGAUGACAAUGUUGUUCUGUAUUAUGUGCCAACCAGUGAGCUAUUUGAUAUAUUGCAAGCCACACAUGUAUCAAUAGGACAUGGUGGGCGUGAUCGAAUGAUCAAAGAACUUGGUAAUAAAUAUAAAAAUAUAACACGUAGUGAUAUAGAGACAUUUUUGCAUUUUUGUGAACCAUGUCAACAAAAACAAAAAGGCUCGAAAAAAGGAGUGGUAGUUAAACCAAUAAUAUCUCCAGACUUUAAUUCCCGAUGCCAAGUUGAUUUAAUAGACUUCCAGUCUCAUCCUGAUGGAAAAUUUAAAUUUAUUAUGGUGUACCAGGAUCACCUCACUAAAUUUGUUGUUCUCAAGCCCCUCGAAUUUAAACGGGCUGAAGAGGUAGCCUAUAAUAUUAUAGAUAUUUUUACGUUGCUUGGAGCUCCUACUAUUUUGCAGUCUGAUAAUGGACGAGAAUUUUCAAACCAAAUAGUGUCUAAUUUAAGAAACAUGUGGCCCGAAUUAAAAAUAGUACAUGGCAAACCGAGGCACAGUCAAUCUCAAGGUAGUGUAGAACGUGCAAAUCAGGAUAUUGAAAAUAUGUUGACAACGUGGAUGCAAGAUGAAAAAAACCGACACUGGAGCGAAGGACUUCGAUUCAUCCAGCUUAUGAAAAACCGAGCUUAUCAUUCUGGUAUUAAAAUGUCUCCAUAUGAAGCUUUAUUUGGCUGCAAAAUUAAAAUUGGUCUAAACACUUCAAAUUUACCACACGAUGUAAUAAGUACGAUAGAAAAUGAAGAACAGUUAGCUGAAUUAAUUACAGAACAGUCACAAAAAGUCGAAAAUGAAGUAUCAGCUGACACAGAACAUAUCACAGAACAACCACAAAAUAUUGAAAAUGAAGUAACAGAAACAGAAAAAAUUACAGAACAACCACAAAACAUCGAAAAUGAAGCAUUACAUACAGAACAACAAUUAGCUACAACUAUCAAAUUAAAUAACGAAAACGCCAAUAUCAUGCGAACUAGAGCCAAAGAAAAUCUGGAAAAUCAAGCAAAAAAAAUGAUGGCGUGGUCGGAUAAGAAGCUAUUACCGGUGGCAAUUCAUUCAACUGUACGUGUUCCAGUUCCUGAGGUAGAUAAAGGACGUUUAGAUGCAAGAAGUAUACUGGCAAUUGUUUUAGAAGUGACAAGUGAUGGUUUUUAUCGAUUAGGAACUCGGGAUGGAGUUCUGAAGCAGUUAUAUGCCAGAAGUCAGUUUACAGUAUGUCAGAAAAAGCUACUACAAAUUGACGAGGUUCCAAUAGAGACAGAAGUGGCAUUACGAACAGUCGCAAAGGAACAGUCCACAGGAACUGGCCAAGGAUUUUUUAAAUGUAUUUGUAAGACCAAGUGCCAAAAUAAAAAGUGCAUUUGCCUUAAAAAUAAUGUUUUGUGCACUUCAAAAUGUCAUUUUUCUACAACAUGUUGUAAUAAGUAGCUAUUAGUUUAAGUAAAAUGUAUAAAUAAUAUUACUUAAUAAAAUAAUAUAAUACAAUAAUAAUAAUAAUAUCAAUGUAUGAAAAUAUAGUAAUAGAUAAAAAUUAAAAAUUAAUAUAAUGUUUUAACAGAUUAUGAAAAAUUGUUUGUUACUUUGCCUAAAAAGAAAUUGGCAUUUUACAU